CGACCUACCUGCCGCCUUUGUAUUCGCUUGUCGCCCUCAAGCCACCACAGCUUAGUAACCGCAGAAGGGCCAGUUUGCGUCUCAAUUUACUGAUAUCGGAGCGUUAGCGCCGCUUCUUUUGUGUCAGCACCAGUCGGAGCGUCUCUCUCUGUCCGGAGGACUGCAGCCAUGAUUCACUCCCGGACUCUCCGAGUAGAUUAUGGCAAAACUACACGCGUAUUGUGCGUGGUGGGAUCGGAACUAAAUAUCAACCUGAGCAGGACCGCCCCCCCGAGCUCCAGGUUCUUCUCUGUGAAGUGUACAUCCAAUGUUCAGUACAGGAUCAGCCCCUCUACUCAGGAGGUCUCCCACUUGUCUCCCAUCCCUCUCACUGGCAACUCAGUGCUGCUCAUCAGCAUGAAACAUGCCAGUCAACAUGAAAAUGAUAGUAAGCUGUCUGUCCAGUACUAUGGGGAGAAGACAGAGGUGUUAGGGAGAGCAGUCCUGCAUCUGACAGCUGUUGAGAUCUCUUUGGAUGUGGAUGCUGACAGAGACGGCAUUGUGGAGCACAACAACCCUGAUAAGGGAUCCUGGAAAUGGGGUCCUGACGGGCAUGGAGCCAUCCUUUUGGUCAACUGUGACUCCGAGAGGACCUACCGGAAGAAACUAGACCACGAUCAGGACUACAUCUCCAGAGUGUCUGAUUUGAAGGACAUGUCAGUCAUGGUGCUGCGGACCAAAGGCCCUGCCAAGCUCCCGGAGGGCUACAAGCUCACCAUGCACAUCUCUCAAGGAGACGCAGAGAGUGUCCGAGUGUUCAGAGCCAAAACCCCAGGAGUGGUGAAUAAUAGCAUGUCAUAUACACUCUUCAAUGCCUUUGUGAAGGACUUUCCUCUGGUGCUGAGCAGUGAAGUCCUCUCCCAGGAAGUGCCUUACCUUGGAGGCAGAGGAGAACUGAACCUUUAUGUGGAGGGCCUCAGGUUCCCUGACAGAGACUUUAAUGGGCUCAUCAGCAUCAACCUCAGUCUUUUAGAGCCCAUCAGGGAAGUUCUCCCCGAGACGCCUAUUUUCACAGACAAAGUGAUGUUCAGAGUGGCGCCGUGGAUCAUGACACCCAACACCCUCCAGCCUCUUGAGGUGUUUGUCUGCAGUACAUCUGAUAACUACCCUUUCCUGAAAGGAAUGAGGAACCUUGUUGCGACAAGUGGGUACAAACUGAACAUUUGCCAUGAAAAUAUGAACAGAGGAGACCGCUGGAUGCAGGAUGAACUGGAAUUUGGUUAUAUCGAUUCACCUCAUCAACGGUUUCCUGUUGUUCUGGAUUCUCCAAGAGAUGGAGCUCUCCAGGAUUUUCCAUACGAGGAGCUGCUGGGCCCCAACUUUGGCUAUGUGACGAGGAUGGCUGAGGCCGAAGAUGUGAGCAGUCUGGACUCGUUUGGUAAUCUGGAGGUCAGCCCUCCCGUCACUGUGAACGGAAAAAAAUACCCCCUCGGCAGAAUCAUCAUUGGAGUGGCCUUCCCUACGGCAACUAAAGGGCGAAACAUGACGAAAGUUGUUCAAGACUUCUUGUUUGCCCAGAAAGUUCAGGAGCCUGUUGCCUUGUUUUCUGACUGGCUGUGUGUCGGACAUGUGGAUGAAUUCAUGACUUUUGUUCCUGCACCUGACAGAAAGGGCUUCCGACUGCUGCUGGCAAGCCCAGACGCAGGCUACAAACUGUUCAGAGGCUUACAGAACAAUGGACACGGACAGGCCAAACUGUUUGACGGUUUGAAAGAUGAAGAACAAAUAACAGUGGAUGAGAUACUUAAUGAUGAAAGUCUCCAAGGUCAAAAUAACUAUGUGCAGAGCUGCAUCGACUGGAACAGGGACGUACUGAAGAGAGAGCUGGGCCUGGACGAUGACGACAUCAUUGACCUGCCAAUCCUCUUCAAGUUGCUACAGGAGAGUGACAGCGACGAGGUCAGAGCAGUAGCUUACUACCCUGACAUGGUGAACAUGAUUGUCUUGGGGAAAAACCUCGGCAUCCCGAAGCCCUUUGGCCCCAGGGUGAAUGGACGCUGCGCCCUGGAAGCUGAGAUGUGCUCCCUGAUGGAGGGCCUGGGCCUCCGGUGCACGUUCAUCGACAACUUUGCCUCAUACCACAAACUGCUGGGAGAGGUACACUGUGGCUCCAACGUCCGGAGGGAAAUGUUUGACUUCAAGUGGUGGAACCUGGAGAUGUGAACGAAAACUCAGCAGGAGACAGAUUAAAGUUGUGGUCCUUAAGAUAUCGGUUAACUAAGUGACAUACUUUUCUCAUUAACAAAAGUUAGGUGACAAGUCCUCUGCCUUUUAUGUGAGUGCUUCAAAGUAAAAGCUGCCUCCUAUUUCCGCGACUGAACAUUGUGGGCGCGUUCCAAUACUUGUGCUAUCAUGCUACAUAGUGUGUUUCAAUACAUAGUACGUCAAAUGUAGUAUGUUUGGAAUACCUGGAUUUUCUACUACAUUGUUGACAUUUUGCUGUAUGCAAGCCAACAUGCUUCCUUGGUGCAGCUGAAGAUACAUCAGUGUCACGGGUGAGCAUUAACAAACUUGAGCCACCAAGAGCACACAAACAGGCGACAGAUCACUUUACACAACAGACGGCCACAGGUAUGCGAGCAAGACGGUCAAAGCUUAAGGCGUAACAUUAGGACCAAGUGGUAUGUCCCAGUUGCAACAGUAUGAACUUUGUAAGGGCAGCUGGAGUACAUACUGAAAGUAAAAAGACUCUCAGCCUGUGUUUGUGAACAUCAGUAGGAAGGCAUCACUUUGUAUAAGCACCAUCCUGAUUUAGCUCUGACCCGGUGAAAAUAGAGUGCAUAGUGAUCAAUAAGAGUAGAUUGCAUGCAUGCUUAAUUUCCCGUGAAUCCUUGGUGUCUGUGAAGCAAAUUUACUUCCAGAUAAGGAAUAGUGGCCACUAACACUGAAAACGAAGAAGCAGUAACUGAGAUGGCUGUUGGGUAAAACUGGCAAAAUGGUACAAAAAUUAGACUGAAUUUAACGCAGAUUUUAGGGAUUGUAACUUGUAACAGAAAGGUGGAGAUGUAGCUUUCAUUUAGUGGUUUCUUUUACAAAACAAUUGUACGCAAUAGUUUUUGUCAAAGCCUUAUGUUAUUUCUUUCGCCAAUAUCAUGAAAUGUUUAAUUUUCUCAUCAGUAGUCUUGGAAUAAGUGCCUCUGUGUCACCCUGAAACACUACAGUAACAAUCAAAAAUGACCCCAGGGCUCGAUCUACUGUAUGCAUCUUCCUCUUUAUUAAACAUUUUUGUUGGCUUCAUUUACAAAAAAAAGAUGUAAAGCAAUAUUUACAAACGAGUCUUUUGAACAAGGGCUUAAGCAAACUCUUGACAAGAACAGAAAUACAAUCAUUUGAAUCGAGCACAUAGAAGAUUCGCUCCCCAUGUCGUCGUGGUUUGUCGGCCACUGGCAUACAGUGCAAGCACAGAUAGAUGAACGGCACCACAUAGUGAUGUGCGAUAAUAAUACAGAGCCACAAGAGGGCGGACUUUACCUACUCAAGCAUUUCCAAAGUCCAGAGGAAAAUGAUGUCAAAUCAUCCUUUUUUGAGAAGUCAAUUUAAAAGGCCAUAACACACGCGUUAAAAUUUCUCUCAGUGCUAUUCUAUACAAUUUGUACGCAGAGAGAUUUGUAGCUUGGAUAUAGGGUGUUUUUCAUUUGGUCCAGUGUCUUCAACUUUUUGUACUUUCACAAGCUGUAAAUGCUGUCAAUAAUUCACUACCGACAAUAAAUGUCUGCUUCAGUCAUAUCAGUGAAA